AUGCCUCUGCUGGUCACAGACUACUCAUGGACGCAGACAGAGUCCUCGGUUUAUAUAAAUGUGCCUUUAAAAGGAGCCAAAGCCGGGAAGGUGGAUAUUCUCUGUACAGACGAGUACCUGAAGAUACAUUUCCCGCCGUACCUGUUUGAAGCCUUCCUGUCUGAACCUGUAGAUGAUGACAGAAGCACAGCAAAGAUCGGAAACGGAGUUGCAGUCGUCAGUUUACCCAAGAGAAACAACAAACUGUGGCAGCGGCUGAUGAUAACCACAAAUGACAAAGAGAAAAAGAAGGAGAUCAGAGAAAGAGCGCUACAGAAACACCAGGAAAAGCUCACUGCAGAGUCCAAAGCAAAAGCAGACAAACAGCAUACAGAGAAGAAAUAUGCACUGGAGAAAAUGAUGAAGCUUGAAAGGGAUGAAAGAGAGAGAAUCCAGAAAAUGAAGGAUGCUGAGAGAGAGAGGACCACAGCUGAGCUGGAAGCAUGGCAGCUGAAGCAGAAAGAAAGAAAGAAAGCAGAGGAAGAAGCCCUGCUCAAACUCCAGAGUCAGAGAGGCCAUGGAGACAAAGUGAACAAGAGUGGAUGCUCAGGUGGAAGAAAGGUCAAACUUGAUGGAAGAGGCAGCAGUGAAGCAGAGAGCAAGAAAAAACAUGUGGAUCUGCCUGCUCCAAGAGUUCCUGGAAACAUUCAAGUCUCAUUCACCCCACGAGUUUUCCCCACUGCCCUCAGAGAGUCCAGAGUGUUAGAGGAGGAAGAGUGGCUCAAAAAACAAGCAGAAGCCAGACGUGCAGUGAAUGCAGAUGUUAAAGAGCUGAAGGACUUGAAGGAGGAGGAGAGGAAUCCAGACUGGUUAAAGGAGAAAGGAGAUAAAUGUUUUGCGGCUGGGAACUACCUGUCUGCAGUGAACGCUUACAGCCUGGCUAUCAGAAUGAACAGGAAGAUUCCAGCUGUGUAUUCAAACAGAGCUGCCUGUCAUCUCAAGUUAAGAAACCUUCACAAGGCUGUUGAGGAUUCCUCUCAGGCUCUAGAACUGUUGACUCCUCCAGUUGCUGCUAACGCGGCUGCCAGAACCAGAGCUCAUGUACGCAGAGGCUCCGCUUUCUGCCAGCUGCAGCUCCACGCAGAAGGACUCCAAGAUUACCAAGCAGCUCUGAAGAUUGACCCUCAUAAUGAAGCUCUGCAGACAGACACACAGAGAAUCAGAGACAUUAUACAAGGCACUGCAGCUGACCCUGAGAUACACUGA